CUCGUGAUACUCUGGGCGAGUUCGCGGGCGGGGUGUGGGUCGCGAGCCGCCGUGGGAGCGCGUGUCGCGGUCCCCAGGAGCCGGCGGCCGACGCUCCGCCCCGCCCCCUUGGCGCGCAGGUCCCGCGCUAGCUCGUGCACGCGCGCACGCGCGCACCCGCCAGAGGCUUGUUUGAGGCCCGCGGGGACGGGGCGGGCGGAGGCCGGGCUGCUGAAGGGCGAGGGGAGGAGCCCGAGCCGUCGCUGCUGCCGCCGCUGAGGGAGAGGAGCAUGUCUGCAACUCGAGCCAAGAAAGUGAAGAUGGCCACCAAAUCAUGCCCCGAGUGCGACCAACAGGUUCCUGUUGCAUGUAAAUCAUGUCCUUGUGGUUACAUAUUUAUUAGCAGAAAACUUUUAAAUGCAAAACACUCAGAGAAAUCACCGCCUUCUACAGAAAACAAGCAUGAGGCCAAGAGGAGGCGAACAGAGAGAGUUAGGAGAGAGAAGAUAAAUUCUACAGUAAAUAAAGAUUUAGAAAACAGAAAGAGGUCUCGAAGUAACAGCCAUUCAGAUCAUAUCAGACGAGGAAGAGGAAGACCUAAAAGUGCAUCUGCCAAAAAACAUGAGGAAGAAAGAGCAUCUUGCUCUGUCACCCAGGCUGGAGUGCAGUGGCGCGGUUCAUGGCUCACUGCAGCCUCAACCUCCAGGGCUCCGGUGAUUCUUCCCUCAGCCUCCUGAGUAGCUGGGACUACAGGGUGCAGGAAACCUAUGCCGAGGACUAUUUUAGAAGGGAAACUAGGUAAAGAAAAGUCAGCAGAGAAAAAGGAAAAGAAAUACUGCGUGGCUCAGAAAACAACAUUCUUUUCAGUUGAAGGAGAGGGAAUGCAGCUGAAAGAAGAGAAUGCUUCUGGUGGUGGGUGAGAGAAGAUGAGAAAGCAGAUAAUGACAGUCUUUAGCUGGGGAAAUGAAGUCUAUAUACUUGUGGUAGAACUGUAUAUAUGCAGGAUUUCAGCUUUUAUUUCAUGAUUACUUGAAAAAAGAAGCAUUUAUUUGGCUGUAAAUAUUUUUUAGGCAUUUUCUGUUUAUUACAGAAAAAUUUUAAGGAAGCUAUUUCUAGAGUAAGAUAUGCUUUUAAUUUUUUUGUUUUUGAUACAAAUUGCAGGAAAUUGCUUAAAUUAAUUUUUGUAGCACAAACUGAAAUCUUAUGUAGACUGUGAAGUCAUUACACUUUUUCUGUAAAGAGCCAGAUAGUAAAUGUUUUAGGCUUUGUGGGCCAUACUAUCUCUGUCACAACUACUCAGCUCUGCCAUUGUAGCUGGAAAGCAGCCAUAAACUAUGCAUAAAUGAAUGGGCAUGCCUGUGUUCCAGUAAUACUUUAUAAAGCAGGUGGUGGGCCACAUUUGGUACUUGUACUGUAGUUUGCCAAUCUCUUUCUUUCUUUUUCUUUCCUUGCUUUUUUUUUUUUUUUUUCCUUCUGAGAUAGGGUCUCACUCUGUUACCCAGGCUGGAGUGCAGUGAAGUGAUCAUGGCUUACUUCAGCCUCAAACUCCUGGGCUCAAGUGAUCCUCCUGCCUCAGCCUUCCAAGUAGCUGGGACUAGAGGUGCACGCCACCAUGCCAGGCUACUUUUUUUACUUUUAGUAUAAAUGAGGUCUCACUAUGUUGCUCAGGCUGGUCUCAAACUCCUGGGCUCAAGGGAUCCUUUCAGCUUGGCCUUCCAAAGUGCUGGGAUUGCAGGCAUGCAUGAGCCACUGCACUCGGCCUAGUUAGCCAGUCUUUGUUGUAAACCAUUGUACUCUUAAAUAUAAUAUGGACAAGAACUAUUAGGUUGGUGCAGAAGUAAUUGCGGUUUUACUUUUGUACCAGUCUAACAUGAACUUUUGAAAUGUCUGUGUUUUAGAAUAGAUUUCUUGGAUAUGCUUCUUAGUGCUAAAUAGCUAUUUAGUUGGUUUUUAUUGAUUCCUUGCUCUUAGAGCAUUUGAAAAUUUUGAAGCAAGUUUUAACUUUAUUUUAACCAUGAAUUAAGGAAAACCUGACAAUAUGUCUAAAAAACCUAACUUAAAAAUGGACUUUUCUAUCUAGUCAGAUGAGAGAUCCAAAGGGGGAAAAAUGACUUUUCUAUUUUGAAACAGAAUAAGAAGGAAGAAUGGAAAAGGAAAGCUUGUUAGACAUCAUCAUAAUAAUAUAUCUUUAUAAAGUCAUAAAAACAAAUCAUUAAACAACAAUUUUUGGUUAGUCUAAUGUAAGUCUUCGUUUUAUAUAUAAGGGUAUUCUGAAUAUUAUAAUAUAGAAGUGACAUUUUGACUGAUUAAAAUAUGUUAGGCAAUUCUGAACAUCAUAUUAAUGAACUUAAGAAUGAAUGGGUCAGGCGUGGUGGCUCACGCCUGUAAUCCCAGCACUGUGGGAGGCUGAGGCUGGUGGAUCACGAGGUCAAGAGAUCAAGACCAUCCUGGCCAACAUGGUGAAACCCCGUCUCUACUAAAAAUACAAAAAAAAAUUAGCCGGGUGUGGUGGUGCAUGCUUGUAGUCCCAGCUACUUGGGAGGCUGAGGCAGGAGAAUCAGUUGAGCCCAGGAGGCGGUGGUUGCAGUGAGCUGAGAUCGCGUCACUGCACUCCAGCCUGGCGACAGAGUGAGACUCUGUCUCAAAAAAAAAAAAAAAAAGAAUGAAUGUAGACUUCAAGCUGAAGAUUGUGGAUUGAAGAAACACAUCUAGCUCUAAACUCCUUUGGGGAAAUCUAACAAAGAAACUGAUUUUUAUUACACAGUUACCUAAAAGUCAGGAAUUUGUGUAUCAGUUAUGUCUGGAAGUAGAAGUGAAAUUGAGGCUAAAAAUGAGAAGAUUGUUUGCAAGUCUUUUUAUGAAUAGCCCGCUAGGACUGUUUACCCUCUUAUCCCCCAAGUUUAUCCUUUGAAAAAGGUAAAUAAUACAGUCUUUGGUCUCAGGAACACCAGGUGUCUGUUGACAGCCAGGAUACCAUGUUAAGAUCAGGAAGCCUAGGUGAAAAUUGGACAUAGUAAAUACUGAGUUCUUGAGUUUGGCUUAUUAGCGUCCAGGUAAAAAAAGAUUGAACAUAUCUUCUCUAGAGAAUCCGAAGGACUGAAGAGAAAAGGCCCUAAAUAAAGAUACUCUCAUUAGAGAUUCACAGAGAAGUGGCCUAAUUGGAUCAUCCUAAUCUGAUGACUACAGUCAAGCUCCACAUAUGUGUACGUUUCUAAUCAGCUUCUUUGGUCACUCUCCUAAAUAUGAGCAUAUUGCCAAGAAUUACUCAGAUAUCUGGAAGAAAGCAUCUAUUAUAGUAUGAAAAUCUAAGACCAAAUCAACAGGAGAGAAAAAAUAACUUGGAAAAAAGCAAGUUUUUGCAGGGAAAAGAAAAACUAUAAAUAUAAACUAUUAUUAAUAUCUUUAGCAAAAGAAGUAAUUGUAAUUGUAAAACGAACAAGAUGAUAUUUAAAAGGAAAUUGCAGAGGUCAAAAAGCCAGUUGGAAAAUGAACUUUAAAAUAUUCCAAAAAACCCCAAAACAUAGAUGAUACACAGAAAUGAACAACUUUAAUAAAAGGCUUAAAGAUAAAAUUGAAGAAAGGUUCCAGAAAGUAUAGCAAUUGAAAAGAGAUGGAAAAAACAAAAUGGAAACCGUAAGAAAUUUAGAGGACCAGUGUGAGGUCUGACAUCUGUAAAUAAUUUAAAGGUUCAGAUAAGGAACAUGGAAGAUGGAGGAGAAGGAAGUCAUCAACGACUUUAACAAUGGCAGUUAUUUAUUCAAGAAAAUUUUUCCAACCAGAAGGGACAUUGAGUUUCUUUGUUAAAAGGGCCUACAAAUUCCCAGUCUAAUGGAUGGUUAAAAAGAGAAAUUAUACCAGAGUUUGUCAUCAUAUCUCAUAUCUUUUGUUAAAGAAAAUUUUUCAGGUUUUCAGAAAAAAGAAAA